AUGAUCCAGUCUAUUGCUCUUCUGGCCCUCGCUAGCCCAGCCUUCGCUGGUGUUAUGCAGGCCCGUGGUGAGGCCGCUGUCGCUCAGCCCUCCGUUGCCCACAGCGCCGACAGCUGGGGUCACUCCUGGAGCCGCCCUGCUGAUGAGCAUGAGUCGUGGACUACUCCUUGCGAGACCAGCACGACUCCUACCCCGGUGCACUCCACCACCCACCACUCGGAGCACACCACCACUCCUUGCGAGUCUAGCACCACCCACCACCCGGAGCACACCACCACUCACACCCCGGAGCACACCACCACUCCCUGCACCACCCCUGUGAAGCCCACCCACACCCCUAGCCACCCUGGUACCACCAAGACCAUCACCAUCGUGACCACCACCUGCCCUGUCACCUCGUCCACUGUUACCUCUGGCACCUCCACCUGGACUGUUCCUGUCACCCAGACCAGCACUAUCACUCUCACCAAGACCACUGUCUGCACUCAGUGUGAUAAUGAGAAGCCUGUCACCUUCCACAACGCCACCGUCCCCGCGACUACCGUCCCUGUCGUGCAGACCUCUAUCGUUGUUCCUCCCCAGUCCUCUGCUGUUGUGCCUCCUCAGUCUUCCGCUGUUGUGCCUCCCCAGUCUUCCGCUGUUGUGCCUCCCCAGUCUUCCGCUGUUGUGCCUCCUCAGUCUUCCGCUGUUGUGCCUCCUCAGUCUUCCGCUGUUGUGCCUCCCCAGUCUUCCGCUGUUGUCCCCACUCAGUCCCAGAAGCCUGCUCCUUCGGUUGAGAAGACCCAGCCCGCUACUCCUGCCGAGACUCAGCCUGCUACCCCUGAGACCCCCGAGUCUACUUCUACUCCUGAGACCCCUGAGUCUACCCCUGAGACCCCUGCCCAGCCCAGCUCCACCGGUGUCUUCACUGGUGCUGCCUCCAGCGUCAAGCCCGCUGCCGGUCUCCUGGCUGGUAUCGUCGGUCUCUUCGCUUUGCUGUAA